AUGGAAUCAGAAAAUGCCACGGUCUCUACGGAGAAUGCUGGUGCACCAACUGUCGAUGAGGAGGAUGUUCUGAAAAAUUUGACCGGUGCUGUGCGAGAUCAGGAUGAUCUGGAGCGUGACAUCACCCUGCAGGCCAACGCAGUAUUAGUGGAGGCCGAGGACAAGAAGGAUCAGGCUCGCAUCGACAAGCUGGAGGCUACGAAGCAAAGGGUCCAGAAUCAGCUUGACAAAGAGAAGAAGCAGUACGAAAAGUUCGCUGGUAAUCCUUACAAGUCCCGGAUCAUCCUCAAGGAUAUCGUCAAGUUCGAGGAGGAGAUCAAGCAGGUCAGCAAAGACAUUUCGGAUUUCAAGUCACGCAUUGAAAAGAGACAUGUCGAAAAUCCCCUGGACGCAGCAAAUGCGGCAAGUUCUAAGAGACAUGCCGGCGAGAGCCAGCGAGACUAUCUCAUCCGUACAGGGAAAAUCACCCCCUUCGCAAAAAUCGGGGGUCCCCGUCCAACUGAGUUGCAAGGCGAGCUGGCCGAGACGAUCCUCAAUGCGGAAGACGAUGCUGCUGCUGAGGAGUUGGGCGAUGGGAAUGAGGAAGGCCCAGUAUCACAUCAGAUGCUGAGACGGCCAGGAUUCGCGGAUGAGGUAGAGGAGCAGUCAUCUAGAUCUGCUUCAGCAGUUGAAAGUGAAUUUUCUCUGAGGCCUCGGAAGAAGCAGCGUCUGCAUCAUCGGGCAGACCGCUCAGAACGCAGCCCCUCUGCAGAGUUCAAACCAGAGCCAGACUCGGAUUCGGAUGGCGUCGAUGGAGUAUGGCAGCAAGGCAAUGAGGAUGACCUUAUUCGCGAGGACCGUCGAAAGUCGAAAGCCAAGGCCAAGGCUCAAGAGCAGGAGCAGGUCGAUCUCAGCAAAAUAGACGACGGAAAUGAAUACAUAUACCAGAAACGGUUGAAAAUUUGGAUUGAACGACGGAGCCGCGCCAGGAAGUUGAGACGACAGAAGAUGGCUGAGGCUGAGGCGGACGCACAAGACAGUGACCCCGAGGUGGACGAGUGGUUCAAACCUGCACCAGAUAAAGCAGACUACCGUGUUGAUGAGGGUCUCAAACUACCAGGCGAUAUUCAUUCGGCGCUUUUCGGCUAUCAGAAGACGGGUGUGCAAUGGCUGGCAGAACUGUACAGGCAGCAGGUCGGUGGUAUUGUUGGCGACGAGAUGGGCCUUGGCAAAACAGUACAACUCAUCGCCUUGGUCGCCGCAUUGCACUAUAGCAGACAACUUAGACGCCCCGUUUUAGUUGUCGCCCCGGCGACAUUACUCCGACAAUGGGUAAGCGAAUUUCAUCGAUGGUGGCCGCCUUUGCGAGUGGCAAUUCUUCAUUCGUCAGGAAGUGGAAUGCUCAACACCGAAAGGGAGGAUGAUUUCGAUCUGGAUUCCUUCAAGCCUGCUGUUCGCAAGUCCGGUAGCUCUCGAGCUGCCCAAAGAAUCGUCAAAGGCGUUGUUGAAAAGGGUCAUGUUUUGGUCACUACGUAUACUGGAUUGCAAACAUACGCCAACGAGCUCUGCCCGGUCGAGUGGGAGUAUGCUGUUCUUGACGAAGGCCACAAAAUUCGAAACCCUAAUGCUGCCAUAACAGUCACUUGCAAGGAACUCAAUACUCGCAACAGAGUUAUCUUAUCCGGUACACCGGUUCAGAAUAACUUGACAGAACUUUGGUCGUUGUUCGAUUUCAUAUCCCCUGCUCGAUUAGGGACUCUUCUCGAAUUCAGAGAACAGUUCGAGAUACCAAUCAAGCACGGAGGAUAUGCGAAUGCAUCCAACUUCCAAGUGGUUCAGGCUGAGCAACGGGCUGAAAUUCUCAAGGGUGCUAUCAGCAAAUAUCUGCUUCAGCGACUGAAAGUUGAUGUUGCAACUGACUUACCCGAGAAGACGGAGCAAGUCUUGUUUUGCAAACUUACGGAUAGACAACGUGAUGCCUAUGAAAGGUUUCUGAAGUCUGAUGAGGUAUCCCAAAUAUUGAAUAAGCAACGGCAGUCUCUAUACGGAAUCGAUGUUCUUCGAAAGAUCUGCAAUCAUCCAGAUCUGCUUGACAAGAAUCUCAGCUCCAAGGCCGGAUACGAAUAUGGCAGCCCAAAUCUUUCCGCCAAGCUCCAGCUUACGAUAAGCUUGCUUCAACAAGUCAUGAUUCCUAAUGGUCACAAAACUCUCCUGUUUUCCCAGGGGAAACUCAUGUUGAAUAUCAUUGAGAAAUGUAUAAAGGAACGUGACAUCUCAUACGUCCGAAUGGAUGGCGAGACACCGAUUGAGCAGCGCCAGCCCAUGAUUGACAAGUUCAACGAGGACCCCAAUAUUCAUGUUUUCCUAAUCACAACGCGAACUGGCGGCCUGGGCACAAAUCUCACCGGUGCAGAUCGAAUCAUCAUAUUCGACCCGGACUGGAACCCAUCGACCGACUUGCAGGCUCGAGAACGCGCUUGGAGACUUGGCCAGGAUAAGCCUGUCAAGAUUUAUCGUUUGAUGACCGAAGGAACAAUCGAGGAGAAGAUCUACCACCGCCAAAUAUUCAAACAGUUCAUGACAAACAAAGUUCUGAAAGAUCCGAAGCAACGUAGCUCAUAUGAUUUGUCAGACCUGUACGACUUAUUCACAUUUACCCCCGGGGAGUCAGCGGCCAACCAGCGAAGCGCCAUCUUUCAGGGCGCUGAAGUUGAAAUAUCAGGGCGGGAAGGUGGUUCUAACAAAGACAAGAAAAGCCAGACCAAUGGCUUGGCUAAAGAGAAGGACGUGGAGAGUUCGGCGCUCUCCAAAAUGGAAGGUGUAGCAACCUUGGAAGAGUUCAAGGAAGAUCCAUCAGUCCACGAUGAAAAGCGUAUGCUCGAUGGAAUCUUUGCUCGGAAUGUUGGCAGUGCGUAUGACCAUGAGCAGAUUGUGAAUGGCAAGCAGAAUGUCAAACCUGACAUUGAAGUCCUCCGCAAAGCUGCCAAAGAAGAGAGCCGCGAGGCUGUGGCCCAUCUUCGCCGAGCCGGUGCACAAGCGGACAGCAUGCCAGCCGGAACUGUUACCUGGACUGGUGAAGUAGGUCAUCGACCCGGGUCAAACCGCCGCCGUGGGGGCCCAAGCUCUGCUGGUGUUAUGAACAACCUGGCGGGCAGGCAGGGACUGAACAGCUCAGAGGGGAUCAACAAAAACAUGAAGGCCAAGGACUUUGUUCCCAUGAUCAAAGAGUUUAUCAAUCGUCAGGGAGGCAAGGUUGUGACCAAGAUGCUGGUCGAUCACUUUAGCCCGUAUUGUAAGGGCAAAAAGCAGAACGAAGAAUUCGAACGCGCUUUGAAAUCCGUGGCCGAAAUAUCACAGCGUGGAAGCUAUGGGAGAGCCAUGUGGUCGUUGAAAAAGGGUGGGAAUUAG